AGCUCGACGCGUUUCUGAUUGAUACGACAUUUUUAGUAGCAGGCGUAAGUACUUAAGUACAACCUUUGGGCGGUUUCAAUUUAAAAUAUACUAGCAUUAUCAAGAUAGAGGUCUCGUCUGUUUCCGAAGAAAGGGGCGAGUACAUCUACGCACGUACACAGGCUCAGCCACCGUUCCUACUCAUUCUGAAGAAGAACAACUUGCGGAGCAAGACAGCGUGACCCUGGGGAGGAUCGGAAAGCCUCGAGCAUCUGACGUACGACGAGAAACAGCAACCUCUUGUCGCUCGCUCUUUCGUGUCUCUGAGCGCACUUCUGACACGACUAUCAUAAUGUGGGCUCUGCUUGCUCACACAUUUUGGCUCCACUUUUUCGUGGGUCUUUUUUGCGUGGACUUUUUUGUGGCCGCACCUGCACCGUUUCCGAAGGAAAAACUGGAAAAACUGCGCUUCCCCCUCGAAGAAGUCAACCCCGCGACAGGAAAAAUGGAGCCGCGGCGGAUGCCCUGCUGGACUUGCACACAAGAAGAACUGGAAGUAUUGCGGGAAAAAUUUUACCCCGAUUUAGCCGAGCGCGUCGACCGUCUCACGAAAAUUGUUUGCAGCAAUCCGGGCCUACAGACCGAAGUCCCGAUGCAGCAAAAUCAUCUCCAGAUUUGCAAGGUCGAUACCGCGGCGAAGAAGAAGGACGCUGCGUAUCAAAUGUAAAAAUGUCUGGGUCUGGAAGAUUGGAACUUGUGAUGCUAACUUUGGGCUCUAGAAAAAUCUGUAAUGCAUGACCAGCAAGAGGAGUCUAGUUUGUGCUACGCGGGGUGGGCGUUUGUCAUGCGGAGUAGGCAUUAGGAUCCGGAAGCCCUCUCAAAAUCUGUGAUGCGCGAUCGUGCAUUACAGAGAGACAUCCUGGGCCAUGCAAAACAUGCAUGACAAAUCUCAGAAUCUUCCAGGCCCAGACAUUUUUACAUUUGAAUUUGGUACCGCGCUGACAAACACAAGUUCCGCCACUUGGGCCGGCUUCGUCGACAGGAGCCAGGCACUUGUGGACUUAAAACAAGUGCUGGAAAAGUCAUCCGCUUACGCGCGGCAGCGCGGUUCUACGUCCAUCCUCGGGCGCUUGUUGCCUUUCCUGUCCGACCAACCACUGCCCGAGAAACGGAUCGACACGGCGGCAACCAGUCCACCUUUGCGGCCAGAACAAGAACUGUGAGCAAGGACCAUUGACCCUUCUAUUUCUAUACGAUAACGAUUAUUGUCCCAGUAACCUGUAGCAAGAGAGGUUUUUGAUGCGAUUUUAUCAUGCCCCGGGCAUGAUAGAAUCGCAUGGUAUGAUUCGCAAACUGAAUCCCAGCGUAAUGCUAGCCUUUAUAUAUUUGCGUGUAGUGAUUACUACAAAAGUCCGGAUCUAUUAUUUACGGGCUUUAUGGAUGCACAGUCGCAUUUUUCGCUGAUGAGAAACCAAUUUGUGAGGAUUUCUGAACAAAAAUUUGAAAAUAACUUCUCGUGCGCAAAGACGUGAUCGAAAGAU